UUUGUAUGAGAUUUGACAGAAAAAUGAAUGACAAGUUCAUCCACUUCUCCUGGCCUAUUGAGUGUGUCCUCUGGCAAUCAGUAUCAUUUCACCGUUCGGCACCAGCAGACGACACCUCUCCUUAGUUACCGGCGAAACGAUGGCACCGAAGAACGAGAACCUCUGUGCUCUGGUGUACGGCCCGAACGAUCUUCGCUUGGAACCGCGCCCCAUUCCGGAGCCGGCCUUCAAUGAAGUGGUGGUCGAAGUCGACAGUUGCGGAAUUUGUGGAACGGACAUCCACUUCCUCAAGGAUGGUGGCUUUGGCGCCCAGCGGUUGAUCAAACCGAUCGUUCUGGGUCAUGAAUCGGCUGGAGUGGUCCGCAAAGUGGGCAGCCAGGUGACGAACUUGAAGGUGGGUGAUCGAGUUGCGAUCGAACCGGCUGCUGGAUGCAGGACCUGCGAUCUGUGCAAGGUUGGAAAGUAUAACAUCUGCCUGGAUGGAAAGCACUGUACGACUCAGAAACAUGAUGGCAACUGUUCGAAUUAUUACGCACAGUAUGCGGAUUGCUGCUUCAAGAUGCCGGACCACAUGACCAUGGAGGAGGGUGCUUUGCUGGAACCGUUGGCCGUGGCUGUGUACGCUGGAAGACGCGCCCAGAUUGGUCUAGGUAACAAAGUGGUGAUCUUCGGUGCUGGUCCCAUUGGGUUGGUGUGUUUGAUUGCGGCCAAGGCAAUGGGAGCUACGAGGACCGUCAUCCUAGAUUUAGAGCACGCCAAGCACCGAUUGGAAGUUGCCAAGAAGCUUGGCGUCACUGGAGUCAUUGGUAUCAAGAAGGAAGAUUCGGAGGAGGAUCUGGUGAAGAAGAUUCACGAGAUUCUGGGUGGACCGGCCGAUAGGGUUCUGGAGUGCACCGGUUCGCAGCCCGGAAUGAGAAUCUCGAUCAAGGCCACGAGAAACGCCGGAAGAAUUUGCUUGGUCGGAUUGGGCAACAAGGAUGUUCAGUUGCCAAUGGUGGAUGCUAUUUCACGGGAGAUCGAUAUAACAACGUGCAUGCGUUAUAACCAUGAUUAUCCAGCCGCGUUGGAGAUCGUCGCCAGUGGAUACGUUGACGUUAAGCCGCUGGUAUCGCAUCACUUUGACCUGUCCGACGUCCACGAGGCCUUCCGUGUGGCCAGUCAAGGCGAAGGAGUCAAAAUCAUGAUCCAUCUGGUUCCACGUGACACCAACAAUCCUAUCCCGUUCACUGACUGAACCACCACUAAGCAAGGAUUUCUUUACCAUCUACCUGUGUCGCUAUUUCUAUCACACCAAUCAUGAUUACAAAUAUAUUAAUGUAUAACAAA